AUGGCGACAACUCGCUCCCGUGUAUUCUUUGACAUCAAAAUCGGCGAAAACAAUGCUGGUCGGGUCGCAUUCGAAUUGUUCAAUGAUGUUGUUCCCAAGACUGCCGACAACUUCCGGGCUCUGUGUACUGGAGAGAAGGGCAUUGGCACCCAGGGCAAGGAAUUGACUUACAAAGGUUCAAUCUUCCACCGCGUGAUCAAGCAGUUCAUGAUCCAGGGUGGUGACUUCACUGCGUUCAACGGUACUGGCGGCGAGUCCAUUUACGGUGAAAAGUUCCCCGACGAGAACUUCGACCUCAAGCAUGAUCGCCCCUUCCUGCUCUCCAUGGCCAACUCCGGCCCCGGCACCAAUGGCAGCCAGUUCUUCGUUACCACCGUUCCUACUCCUCACCUCGACGGCAAGCACGUGGUUUUCGGUGAAGUGAUCAACGGAAAGAACAUCAUUCGCAACAUCGAGAACAUGAAGACUUCCAACGACAAGCCUGUCGAAGAUGUGACCGUGGUGGAUUGCGGCGAGCUCUUCGGCGACGACUACGAGAACGCUACCAAGCGCAUCCCGGAUGCGACAGGCGACCCAUAUGAGGAGUACACUGAGGACCACCAGGGCGAGGAACUCACCGCUCCUCUUUGCUUCAAGAUCGCUUCCGAGCUGAAGGGCUACGGUAACGCUGCUUUCAAGAGCGGCGAUCUUAACCUCGGUCUCGAUAAGUACCAGAAGGGUCUCCGGUACCUUAACGAACACUCUGAGCCCGGCGAGAACGAUCCUAAGGGGCUCGGCGAGCAGAUGAAGGCUCUCCGCUUUACCUUGCACUCCAACUCCUCUUUGCUUGCCAACAAGCUUCAGAAAUACCUCCAGGCUCAGAACUGGGCCACAUAUGCGCUUCAGGUUGCUGACGCUGCCAAGGCCAAGGAUGCAGACAAGGCCAAAGCACACUACCGCCGUGCCCUUGCCCACGAAGGUCUGAAGGAGGAGGAUGCUGCGCUGAAGGAUCUGGUGGAGGCUAAGAAGCUCGCCCCUGGUGAUGCUGGUAUUGAAAACGAGAUUGAGAAGAUCAAGAAGAUCGUCAAGCAGCGUGAGGCCAAGGACAAGUUGGCUGCUCAGAAGUUCUUCUCUUGA